AUGGCUGGCAAGUCUUCAAACGCACCCGGGCUAUAUGAAGCCCAACCAAUUACCCAAUCCAACGACAAUUUCUCUCGAAUGGACGCUCUCACUCUCCUCAAUUGCAAUAAGCCAAUACCCGGCUUCAAACCAAAUUAUUAUACCAAGGACACAAUGCCCUACCGACCUCACUGCGCGUGCACCCAGUGCGAUUGCCCUAACCUCGCGCGGAUCCCCACGGAAUACAUCAGCAACUCCGGCCACAGAUCGGUCGAGCCGCAGCCGACUCAUUGCCUCAGAUGCGAGAAGCUUGAGUUAUGGGGCAAGAAUUCACCCUCAUACAAAGCCUGCAAAUGCGAGUGUCGAUGCCGGCUUCAGCGCGAGGAUGGCGAGUUGCAGUGUGGCGACUGCCUCGAGGCCAACCGGGAGAACCAUCACCGCCAUCGGGCUCAUGGAAAGGCGUAG